AGAAAGUCUCGUAAAUGGCCUUAAAAGUUGCCGCUGUGUGUGUGUACUAUACACUAAGUAUACCUUGGUAAAACCUCGUUAUUAUUGAUACAGUAGUAGUUAAUAGAAACGUAGUAUUGCAAAAUGCCUGUUCGUAAAGCCGUUUAUCAAGCAAACCACGGUCAACGGUUAAGGCCAGAAAUUAAGUACUCUCAAAAAUCUGCACCGUGUUUGACCAACAAUGCCAAUACAAUGGAUAAUUGCGGAAGAAAUGAUGACGUUGCUGUUGUUGUCAAACCGCCGAUAUUACCCGAACUCCCUACAAUGAAUAGAUUAGCUUUUGAAGCUUUCUUCUUCGGAUAUCUUCUGCUAGCUUUGUUUGGGCAAUACAUCUAUAUAUACAAGACGGUAUGGUGGUAUCCAAAUACAUUACCACCAAGCACAACAACUUUAAAUUUUCAUUUAAUUGACAGCAACCUUACAACGUUUCUUAUUAUUUUGUUUUCAAGAAGAGUUUUAUGGACAUUACUCUGGGACCAGUUGCGGCCUGGCUUUGACAAUCCUUUAUUGCUAUUGAUGUGGAUUGUAUGUUCAGUUAUUAUCUGGAGUAUAUGGUUUAUGGAACUGGUUAAGAAUCUUUAUGUACUGUAUGGUUUGGGCAUGGGCCUGAAACUUUUGUUCCUAUGUUAUCCCGUGGCAUUAUGGUUUCCUUUAUGUGGGUUUGCAAAAGGAAACAAACUUAGCCAAUUUAUUUCUUUGUUUCAAAAACCCAAGCCUCGAAGCAAGACUUAUAAUUUGCCAAACUGUUCAAAUAAAUUUCAAUACCAGCCUGAUUGUACUUUUUGGGCCAAAGAUGCUUUUAACGGGCUUGAUACAAUACCUGACCCCGAGCAAAUACGUGAACGUGUUGUUUUUUUACGAAAGGAUUUUAACUUUAAAAUGACGGAAAUUGUUUUCUUUUCUAUGAUUUGUGCUUACUAUGUUGGUUUGGUGCCUAUGUUCUUCACCAAAUCUAAUUAUUCAUAUGACGUAGUGUGGUCGCUUCAACACACUGCAUCAGUUUUGAUUAAUUCAUUUUCCAUGUUGACGUACUAUUUGUUGCCACCAUCAUACCUCGAGCGCAUGCAUAGGUGUGCAAGCUUAUUGGGUGGUUACAAACUUGUUGAUCAAAUAGAUUUGGAGAAAGAAUACAAAGAUGAUGUCGUCCCAUAUAAAUGGAACCCAGCAAGUGCAUACCCUCGUGGUAUCGUGAUCAAAUUUGAAAACAAACUUUUUAUGUCCAUUGGAAAUUACAACACAGCAGUGCCUGUUGAAUCCUCGCAUUGUAGAUUCUUCUUCAUGUUUGACCACCCGUUACGAAUGCUCAAUUGGCUCCUUGGUUUCCAUUUUACUGCUGCUAUGUUUCAAAUCCAUUUAUUGCUUUGGUCGAGCAAAUGGGACCAGUUAAUUGUGCCUGCGUUGUUACAGUUUUUCAGUUACUAUGUUUUAUUUACAACUCUGCGUGACAGAAUUGUUCUCGGCAAAAUUUACAAUUUACAUCAACAGUUGAAAUGAAAUAUUGAUAUUUUUUAUUUGUAUGAUGACAUAUCAACCUUUACUGCUUUUAUGUGAACCGCUUGUAUUGCUGCUGUAUUUAUACAAUAUUAAGUAUAUAUAUACUUAAAAUAAAGAUGAUAGAUUGUACUAGAAAACUUAUUAUAUUACCGCAGUAUAUCUUGUUGUUGUGUAUUUUUAUGAUAAAUAUUAUGAUCCUUGUUGUUGGUUUAAGGAAA